CCUCUUCUACGAUUUUGAGUGUGAGCUGCGACCGAAGCAAUGGUUUACGUAACUUCUUGGGACGAAUUUGUGGAACGAUCCGUUCAGUUGUUCCGUGCCGAUCCUGAUUCUACGCGGUAUGUGAUGAAGUACAGGCAUUGUGAUGGCAAAUUGGUACUCAAGGUCACCGAUAAUCGACAGUGUCUGAAGUAUAAGACAGACCAAGCACAAGAAGCCAAGAAGAUGGAAAAGCUAAAUAAUAUAUUCUUUACUUUGAUGGCUCGGGGACCAGAAGUGGAUUUAUCAGAAGUCACUGGGAAAGAACAAAUGGAUACACAACCGACCAAGAGAGGAAGAGGAAGGAAACAAUAACUGAUGUAUCUUGCUCACAAAAUAGUCUUCAUGAAUCUUAGGAAAUCAAUAAUGAUUUGAUAAACUUUUUACUCCAUUCCGAAAUCUUACAGCAUUGUCAUUUACAAAACUCUCUGAAUUCUCCUUUUUCAAAUAUUAAUCUUGUCCCGAGUGUGG